UGUCAUGUGACCUACGCAGUGACGUAUGCGGAAAUAGUAGCGCUAAUAGCAGCAACCAAAGCUGUAACGUGCUGUUUUGCUGAACUCAGGAGAAAUGCCGGUCUUUCCAAGAAUUUCCCUGAAGCCUGAGGUGACUGAAUAUCUUCGAAAAGUCUACCUAAACAACGAGAACCUGCCCUCUGUGGUGGUGGGACAUGUGCUCGGGCCUCAGCCAGGAGAACGGAUCCUGGAUAUGUGCGCCGCACCGGGAGGAAAGACUUGCCACAUAGCUGCUCUCAUGAAGGAUCAGGGAGAAGUCGUGGCCUUGGACCAAAUCUCAAACAAGAUCGAGCGGAUUCGUCAGAACGCAGAGUUGCUGCGUUUGAAAAGUAUCAAAGCGUUUUGUUUCAACAGCGUUAAGGUUGUGAGCGAUGACCCAUCACAGGAAACAGAAGGACCUCCGUUCCCUCCUGAGAGUUUCGACCGGGUUCUGCUGGAYGCCCCCUGCAGCGGUCUCGGACAGAGGCCCAACAUGUCCAACACCUGGAGCCUCAAUCAGAUCCGUUCCUACCCGCCACUGCAGCGCAAGCUGUUUCGUGCUGCGGUUCAGCUGUUAAAGAAAGGCGGGGUUUUGGUGUACAGCACCUGCACAGUGACUCUGGCGGAGAACGAGGAGCAGGUAGCCUGGGCCCUCGAGACCUUCCCUUCCCUCACGCUGCAGCCGCAGGAGCCUCACGUGGGUGCAGAGGGCAUGCUGGGAGCCGGCCUGUCAGCUGAGCAGCUGCGCCUCCUCCAGAGGUUCAGACCUGAGCUGAGCUGGGAGCAGACAGACCCCGCGGCUCCCCUCGCCUGCAGAGCCGACGGGGACACUAUUGGCUUUUUUAUCGCCAAGUUCCUGAAAAACUGACCCGAAGGGCGCGUUUUCCUCGACRCCGUCCCCACUUCCACAUGAGACGGGACAUGUAGCGUUUAUGUCACAACCGGCGUCUCCCUCCUGUUUACAGCUCCUGCCUCUUAACAGCUGCUCUGUGAGACUGCAGGCCAUAUAGGGAUAAGCUUUAUGAAGACCACUGGGGGGGGUGGAGACAGAGUGAGUGCUGGUGAAUGCAGCGGUGCUUCAGGUCGUCAUAACAACAGUGACGACACAGCUGCCAUGGUGACGGCGGAUUCGCAGGAUUUGGGAGAGGAGAGAUCAGGAAGUUGCGUUGCAGAAAGAGGUCACAAGAGGUAUUAACAAUUUAGAGUGUUUAGCAGAGCUGGAAACAACCGGGGACGUCUUGAUGAUCACAUCUGAUUCUGGUGUUAAAAAUCACAGUGAUCAGCAGAGGGAGGCCRCACUGUUUUCAUUUAAAAUCUUUUUUUUUUUGUCACCUCUGUGUGUAAACACCAUUCUGAAUAAAAAUGACCUGAAAUCUCUUUAUUUUAUAAAAUGAAUGAGAUUUAAUUACAGCUUUCUAAAAUACUCUUGUUUGUCAUCAAAUAAAACUUCUCCCAUAUAAAAAGUUUA